AGAGAACCUUUUGGUUGCGGGUAAUUAGGGAGCCUUUGCAAUGGCGCCAAAGAAGGGGGAGAAGGGGAAGGAGAAGGCGGAGAAGACUGCCAAGGCGGUGAAGGGCGCAGUGGCCAGGAAGGUGAAGAAAAUCCGCACCAAGGUCCGUUUCUACAGGCCCAAGACGCUGGUCAAAGCCAGGAAUCCCAAGUACCCUCGAAAGUCCACGGAGAGCCGUGGUGACAAGCUGGACAAGUACCGCAUCAUCCAGUGCCCUGUGACCACGGAGUCGGCCAUGAAGAAGAUUGAGGAGAUCAACACCUUGGUGUUUCUGGUGGACAUCAAGGCCACCAAGCCCAAGAUCAAGGAGGCGGUGAAACAGCUCUAUGAUGUGAAGUGCGCCAAGGUCAACACCCUGAUCCGACCAGACGGGAAGAAGAAGGCCUACGUCCGCCUCACCCAGGACUAUGAUGCUCUGGACGUGGCGAACCGCAUUGGCAUCAUUUGAGCAUUUGGGUUUCUGUUGUAGUCAAAAAAAAACCUCAAGGCGAGCUCCCGGAAA